AAGUUAUAUAACUUUGUCUUUGUACAAAUGCAUUGCUUUAUUUUGAACAUAGCCAUUUUGCGAUUGCAUGUAUAGAAAUUCGGAAUUUGCUUGUGAACAUUAAAACGUAAUUAUCAAUUUCCAAUCCCAAUCAGUUCUGCCACUGCUGAGCGCUCAUUCUAAGCACUUAAGAGAGUGAAAACUCGAAUUCGGUCAACUAUGUUUCAAGGACGGUUGGAAGCAUAUUUGUAGCUCAUCGGCCACGUUUUUUGCAAACCUUCUCUAGUAUGCUGCGUUACAAAAGUGUGCCCUUUCACGAACAUCUGCUCCCCCCCCCCUUCGCCCUCGCAUCCCUGGAGAAGCACGUGAUUACUGAUUAAUGUUGCAUUUUGAUAGACACAGAGCAGAAGUGAGUAAGAUCAUUUCGCAGCUCACACAAGCUAAGCUAGCGACACCGGUAGCUGUAACAUGUCGGAUAAGGGAGAGCCUAAGUUUGUAAUGCCCAAGGAUGCAAAACCAGCUGAGGUUAGACAAGUAUACGACGAUUUUGCUGCAACAUAUGAUGAGGAUAUUGACCCUACGUCAACGUACCCCGCGUUACUUAGCAUCGUUGAUACGUUCAUGGAGGUACUUGGCAGUAGUGAUAAAAACAUACGAAUUAUUGACCUGGGAGCUGGUACUGGUUAUGCUGCCGUCGAGCUGAAGAAACAUGGUUUCACCAAUAUCGAUGGCCUAGAUUUGUGCGAAGAAAUGCUGAAGAAAGCUAAAGAGAAAGACGCUUAUCGUAAAUAUAUCUGUGAAGCUGUGACAGAGAAACGACUGGACAUACCUACAGGAGCCUAUGAUGUUGCUUUAAGUGUUGGAGCUGUGACCUCUGGUUAUAUUAAGGCGAGUGCAUUUGACGAAAUUCUGCGUUUAACAAAGCCAGGCGGGUUUAUUAUCUUCACCAUACGUAUGGAUGCCAUGGACGACGACGAGUUUGGCUAUACAGCAAAAUUCCAACAAUUUAUCAACGAAGGGAAGUGGCAGCAAGUGAAAAAAUAUCUGGCGGAUUACGUAGUUGGAUAUAAGCAAUAUAAAGAGGACACAAGCUUUGAUUCGACGAAAUGUUACGUUGUAGUAUACAAAGUAUUAAAGAAUGAAUAAAUAUUAAAUAUAAUG